AAAGAAAACACAAAACCAAAGCAGUAUCCUAUUAGAUUUAGAGCUGGUGUCUGUGCUGGACAGUUCCAGCUCGUGGAAAAAACACGCUGGAUGUGCGCAGAGGCUCUCCAACACUUCCAACCAAGGAAAUGACUUGGCAACAGGGGCUGAUCUGAAGGAGGUGCGACCUGAAAUGACUAUAUGAUCGUCCCUCUGCCUCGCCUUCACCAUUGAAUCCUGGGUAGAUCUCACUGAAGGAGCGGAUGAACCGACGCUUCGGGGUUUUUGUCGGUGCGCGGAUGAGGGGAUAAAGCCACCUCAGAUGUCCGUGAAGUAAACUCAUCCAGAAGGAAAGAAGGAGUCCGGUCCGGUUCAUCAGGAUUCCGACUGCCUUACGUAACUGAGCUUUUGUGCAAGGGGACUGGCAUUGGAACUGCAACUGCCGCCGAGGAAACGCAGGUGCAGAGAGAGGAGGAGGGGCUGAGUCCCAGUCCAAAGCCCAAGUUUGUUCAGACAUCCUCCAUCCAGACGGCAUGAACGGCGAGGACGCUGUCUCCCCUCACUAGGCAGCACGUCAAGAUGAGUGAGGGCCGCAGACAAGGAGGAGGGGCCAUCACGGUGGAGGCUGAUGUCAUUCUCCACGCCGUGAACCCUGACCUCGUCACGCCUGCUGAUGGGAAUGAUGGAAAGCUCUGUCCAGGUUACGUCCAGAAUUUUCUGCAGGAUGACCAGGAUAUCAGUCCCCCCGCAGUGUUUGAAAAGGAAUACUUACUGGAUGGGAGGCUGUUGGAGAAUCACCAUAUUGAUCAUCAGAAGGAUAACGGCUCGUAUAUCUCCAGAUCUGAUCACCUCCCAAAUGAAAAGGAUGCCCCAGGUCUCACCUCUCAUACUGACUCCACUGUGUCCAAUCAUAUUGCUAGCACGCCACAAAAUUUUGCAAGUGGUGAAAUUCACAACGGCGCCAGAGCUAAAGUGUCUUACAGUGCAGAUUCCUCAGUGUGUUUCUCCAGCCAAGCCAAACAGGAAACUGAUUGCUCAGUCCUAAAAUCGAACCUUGAACGAAGGGACAAUGGCCAGGACACAGAAAAUACCCGGCCGAAAGAUGAGCCUGAUUUAGUCAUCGAAGUUGGCGGGAAGACCAUCAGCGCUCACAAGUCUGUCCUGGCAGAGAAGAGUGACUACUUCAAGGCACGGCUGUCUCGAAAUAUCCUCAAAGUGAAAGGCGUUAGCUACAAGACUUUAUCUACAUUAAUAGACUAUGUUUACACAGCUCAGAUGAAUGUUAGCAAGGAUAAUGUUGUAGAUGUCAUCACAGGGGCCAAGAUCCUCCAGAUCCCCUGUGCUGUCCAGGCAGCUAUGGACUCCAUGUCUGAACAAAUCACUGCAGGGAACUGCUACGAGAUACUGACCAUCGCCAAAAAGCAGCGACUCAGUGAGCUGAAGGAGACCGCAUACGGUUUCAUGAGCGACAACUUCCUCCAGAUUCUAAAGGACCCGUCUGUAUACGGGCGCCUGACUGGAUCAGAGCGGGAUCUGAUCUUGAAAAAGAGACUGGAGGGCAGGAAGACUCUGAUGGUCGCAGAAGUAAAUGAUGUUUUCGAUCGUGUUGGAAGCCGGCCACCGAGCCGCUGUGGCAGCCGACCACAGAGCCCUUUAUCGGUGGGGUCUUUGGAGGAGAACCACAUGAUUUAUUUCUUCAAUGAAACAGCAAAUGACUGGCGACCUUUGACCGCAAUGCCUGAGGACAUAAACACUAAAGGUUGUGGGAUCUGUACCAUGUAUAACUACCUGUUUGUGGCAGGUGGAAUUAAGGGCUACGGGGAAAAGGGCAAGGUUUCAGAUAAAGUCUUCUGUUUCAACCCCAUAACCAACCGCUGGGCCGAGAUCCGACCUCUGAACCAGGCUCGUGCCCAGUUAAAGCUUGUGUCUAUGGAUGGCUACCUGUAUGCCAUCGGAGGGGAAUGUUUGUUUACUGUAGAAAAGUACGACCCUCGAAUGGACCGCUGGACCUCAGUGGCCCCUUUGCCUAAGGGAGCGUUCGCGGUGGCCCAUGAAGCUACGACCUGCAGCGGAGAACUGUACGUUUCAGGGGGUUCUCUGUUCUAUCGUCUCCUUAAGUACGACACAAAGAGGGACGAGUGGCAGGAGUGUCCCUAUAACAACAGCAGGAAGAAGUCUACCGACAUGGUGGCUUUGAAAAGCUUCAUCUACCGCUUCGACGUCAACCGCGAGCAAGGGAUCAACGUCUUCAAGUACAACACCAUAGUGAAAAUGUGGCACGACUGCGCAUCCCAGAGGCUUGGAAGUCCUUUACCCUUCAGAUGUGCCGUUAUUGGUAACUGCAUCUACUGUGUGAACAAAACCCAGACUCUUCAGUUUAUCGUGGAGGAGGAGAACGCUUACUUUGUAGAGGAGACGCUGAGGGCGCCUCUGGAGGCAAAGGGUGUUCUUUUUCCAUUCGUCCUCACAUUGCCUGAAAAGUCUGAAAAAGUUACAUAGUGCUCUCAUCCUCAAUAACAGUAUCUGCUAUGUGUCAUCGCCAAGCUGGAAGAAGCAGAAGACCUUAUAUACACUCUUAAAUGUCAGCUCUUUAUCUCAGUGUCUCAUUGGCUGCUUGCAGUGGAAUGUGAAUAUUUGCAUGGGAACUGAAUGCGUCUACAGGGUUAAGCCUUAAAAGGAACUUUUUUUUUUUUCCAGUGUUGAAUGAAUGCAACAUUAUUUGUAUCAACUGUAGAUAAUGACAUGAUGAAAGUGACAAUAGAUGAUUUUGUGUAUUUCCUGUAUUCAGUUUAGUUUGGUGCACUUUUGUAGUUCCGAUAGAUAUAAUUUAAAACACAUUAACUAUUUGAUUAGUGACUUUGUUGAAAACUGUUUAAAACAAAAGGAUGGAAGCAGUUUAAGUGCGCUCUAUGAACGGCACAACACAGGUUCUAUGCAAAAGAUACAGGUAAAUGGCCUAUUUUGAAAGAACAGUUUGCCAGUUUAGAAGUAUGAUAACUUAUGUACAAGCCAGUUGGUUUAGUUUAUAUAAAGUAUAAGGUGAACGGCUGGUCUGGCUCUGUCCAAAGUUAACAAGAUCCCCCAUAAUUACUACUUUAUAUUUAGUUUGUUUAAUCCCAACAUACACUGAGGUGUAAAAAUAGUCAUGGGGACGACAUUUCAGGAAGUUACUCUGCCUGUUAAGCACUUGUUUUUUGUGGUCUCAUUUUACUAUAAGGGCAUGGAAGUGAUUUUUUUUUUUAAUUGACAUUAUGUCUACGAAAGAUUAUUAUAGAUAGUAUAGUAUAGAUCCCGGAAUAAUUAGCUACUCUUUAAAAUGUGACUUUCAAAGCAUGAUCCUUGCAAAAUAAAGCAACAUUAUGAUCUGUAAAAGAAAAGACAAAGCUGCUGUACCAAUUUGUUAAUUAAAUAUUGUAAAAAUUGGCCCUUUAAACCGUUACAAGUUAGAGUCAAUUCAAAAAAUCUGACAACCUGAAAAUUAAAGAUCAGUGAGAAAUUGAACUAAAAUAUAAUUUAAAGCACAUAAAUACAGCAACUGAAUUUAUUUUUAGACCAGAAUGUUAUUUUGUUUAUUUUGCUCAGAGUAUAUAUAUUCACAACAUUUGCCAAAGAUAAAUAACAACUUUGUCAGGCUGCAAAUCUAUUAAAAUGGAAAUAUUAUUUCUGAAGCUAAAGACAUUAAAGCAAUAUGUUUUAUUUGUAAGGACAGACCUCAUAUGUGCUGCUCGCAUUUCUGAUAAAUCUCACAGGAUUACGUGAAGGGGUCAUUGAGGAUGCUCAUAAACACUUUUUUUUUAUUUUUAUUUUUAAAAUCUUUAUUCAUUUUAUAUUUUAAGGAAAAAGCCACAGAUCCCUGUUGACCAGCCACAAGGUCACUUCAGCAGUUUGCACCCUUCACCUUCAGGUCAAAGGUCAUAUAAUACCAGUCUACCCUGGUUCAAUAGAUGUCCUUUACACUUCUACAAGUCACUUUCCUAGGUUUAAUGACACUAAUAAAUGUCUUGCAUUGGUGUACUCGAUGCCACUUUUGCUCUAAAUGCUCUUGUUUUAGACAUUUUACAGUAUGUUUUUUGCUGCAAUAACACGUUGGGAGUUUUGUAUGGAAGGUGAUGCUAAUAUAUUCUCAGAGCAACUUGCUUUUGAUAAAGUUUGUACAAGCGGUCAUGUGACUCAGACAAUAUGGAUGUGGUUUAACAUUUUGAUAUUUUUGCUGGCUGGCAUCUGUAUUUUUGUGAGGUUUUGUAUGGAUUGAUAGUUCUGGAUAUGCUGCUGUGAUGGACAGUAAAGUAAUGCAACGCUAGACAAAGGCUUCCUGUUCAUGGCAUCUGGAGUGGGCUAACAAAUUAGCUGUUGGAUCAUGUCAAAACUAAGUGCUUCGAAUAAAAUAUUUUGUGUCUGAAAAUA